UCCACCCAGUGUCUCCUGGCUGCAGCUUGUCUGCCUGCCGGCCUCAGAGGCAGCUCCAGCUGGGCCGAGAUGGGGCUGCCCCGGCCAGGGCUGUGGCUGAAGAGGCUCUGGGUGCUCGUGCAGGUGGCCGUGGAGGUGGCUGUGGGCAAAGUGCUGAUGAUACUAUUUCCGGAGAGAGUUAAGCAGAACAUCCUGGCCAUGGGCCAAAAGACAGGGAUAGCCCAGAACCCCAACUUCGCCCAGGACAGCUGGAUUCCCACCUUCUUCAGCACCCAGUAUUUCUGGUUCGUCCUGAAGGUUCGUUGGCAGCGACUGGAGGAUGCCACUGAGCCAGGGGGUCUGGCUCCAAACUGCUCCGUCGUCCGCCUCUCGGGACAGCAGUGCAGCGUCUGGGACUUCAUGCGAGGUAACAGGCCCCUCGUGCUGAAUUUUGGCAGCUGCACCUGACCUUCAUUUCUUUCCAAAUUUGACCAAUUCAAGAGACUUAUCCAAGACUUCAGUUCCAUAGCAGACUUUCUCAUCAUUUACAUCGAAGAGGCACACGCAUCAGAUGGCUGGGCUUUUAAGAACAACGUGGACAUCAAGAAUCACCGGAACCUGCAGGAUCGCCUGAGGGCAGCCGGCCUGCUGCUGGCCAGAAGCCCCCAGUGCCCCGUGGUGGUGGACACGAUGCAGAACCAGAGCAGCCAGCUCUACGCCGCGCUGCCCGAGAGGCUCUACGUCCUCCGGCAGGGCAGGAUCCUCUACAAGGGUAAAUCUGGCCCUUGGAACUACAACCCAGAGGAGGUCCGUGCUGUUCUGGAAGAGCUCCACAGUUAACUUGCAUAGAGCCCCUGUUCCAGGCGACCAACAGGAGGGCUUCUCAAGGCGUGGCUGUCCCCUUAACCCAGCCGGCUUCUGCCUGUGACCUGUGACCCGGUUGAAUCACCAGCUCAGAUUUUUCUGCUCCAAGUAAACAUUUCCCAACCAGGGAGUGCAUCCAAUCAAGAUGGAUGGCUGGAAUCAGAAAAUGGAAUGGCCUUUAGGCUGCUGCUCAUGCCCCAGAGUGUUAGAGCCCCCACAACACCAUGUGGCUCCCACGGUGGGGACACAGACCUGGCACGGCAUCUUCCCCAGCUUGUUCUGUGCUGUGGCCCCUCUCCAGCUGCCCCCUGCCCAGCAGGGUCUGAUGGCAUCCAUGUGUCAGAUCCCCUCAUCAGCCAAAUUUGCCAUUCAUGGAACUGGUCAUUCAAGACACUAACUUGGUUUUUAGAACACAGUAUGGGAAGAAUUCUUGAUGCUAAAGACAGAUGAGGACUUGGAAGAGGAGAGGGUCAGAACAGAAGAAUCCUUUCCUUGUCAAAGCGUUUUAGCCAGUUGGCAUGGUGCUGGCGCUGGCACUGCCGCUGGCGAGGUAUGAGUGCCCACAGUAACACAUCUCCAAUUCUAACAGGACGAGCAGAGAACUCACUUUACCAUAUUUGAGUACAUUUCAAGGAAAUCUGGCUUUUACCCUGGAAUCUUCCACUACUGUCACCCUUCAACUGGCACCUGAAGGGGAAGCCUGCCUUCUAAAGAAAGCAUGACAACCUCGAUCAAGCCAGGCAACAGGCACCGUGAGCACUGCCACUCAACUGGGCAGAAACUCCAUAUCUGAAGUCCUCUUUCUCAGAUUCUUUUACAAGUCUCUUAGUGGUCACUGAGUGCAUCAGCCUAGUGAAUAACCACUGGGGUUCAUGUGUUUUAACUCUGCUUCUUUCAUAUUUGCUUAUGACGGCCACAGCUUAAAGCACCUACGGUUGUGGCUUGAUUUGAAAGAAAAUAUUUUAAGAGGCAGCAAGCUAAAGCAGAAUGAUUAAAAUAUCCCAGGCUAUUUG